AUGGAAGAAUAAGCAACAGUUGAGAAUGUAAUAAUUGAAGAAAAGAUCUCAAAAUCUAAUGGAGAUGUGAUAAUUAAAAGAUAUUAAAGAGGGAAGACUUUAGGUAAAGGUGGAUUUGCUAGAUGUUAUGAGAUUACUGAAAUAGAUACAAAAAAAAUAUUGGCUGCCAAGAUUAUUUAAAAGAAUACUUUGACAAGGAACAGAGCAAGAUAAAAAGUAAAUUAAUGAUAUAUAGAUUAUAGUUGAUAUCAGAAAUCAAAAUACAUAAAUCAUUACAUUAAACUAACAUAGUUUAAUUUAUUCAUGUAUUUGAAGAUCAUGAUAAUGUUUAUAUCAUAUUAGAAUUGUGUACAAAUUAAGUAUAUAUAUAUGAUGAUAUCUUUUAAGACACUCAAUGAAUUAAUUAAGAGAAGAAGAAGAAUAACUUAAUUAGAAGUGUAAUGUUAUAUAUUACAAUUGGUCAAUGCACUUAAAUAUCUUCAUUAAAAUAAAAUCAUACAUAGAGAUUUGAAAUUGGGUAAUCUAUUUUUGAAUGAUAAAAUGGAAUUAAAAUUAGGUGAUUUUGGAUUGGCAACUAAACUAGAUUUUGAUGGAGAAAAAAAGAAAACAAUAUGUGGUACACCAAAUUAUAUAGCUCCAGAAAUUUUAGAUGGCAAAAUAGGUCAUUCAUAUGAAGUUGACAUCUGGUCAUUAGGUGUUAUUAUAUACACUCUUCUUAUUGGAAAACCUCCCUUUGAAACUUAAGAUGUCAAAACAACAUACAAAAAAAUCAAAGCAUGUUAAUAUACAUUCCCUGAUCAUGUUGUCAUUUCAGAUAAUGCUAAAAAUUUAAUAACUAAAAUGUUAGUUUUAGAUCCAAGUAAAAGACCUACUUUAGAUUAAAUCUUAUAACAUCCAUUUAUGACAUCUAAUCCAAUUCCAAAAACUGCUCAUAUUUCUACUUUAGUUGGUCCACCUUCUAUGUCAUGGUUAUCAUAAUAUUAAUCUACUUAAUCAUCUUCAUCUCAAUAAAAAAGAUUAGCUGAUACAGCACCUUAAUAAUUAAUGAAAGUUAUAAGUUAAGAUAGAGUAUCACUUUUAAAUGAUGCUUAAACUUAAAAUAAUUUUAUGAAAGAUUCUCGAGCAUCCUCUUAAAAAUUAGUUGACAUGAGAGCAACUCAAUAAUCUGCUAAAACAUUACCUACAGGAAUUAUUAAUAAUAUAAAUAAUGUAAAUAUUAUUAGAUAAUUUUAUAGAAAACAUUUAAAAUUUAAAGAAAUGAAAUUUUUGUUAAGAAAUGGGUUGAUUAUAGUAGUAAAUAUGGACUUGGUUAUUUAUUAAAUAAUGGAAGUAGUGGUGUAUAUUUUAAUGAUUCAAGUAAAAUUAUUGCAGAUCCAAAAUAAACAUAUUUUGAAUAUAUUGAAAAAUAAUCAGAUAAUUAAUAAUAUGAAGUUAAUUCAUAUUCAUUAAAUGAUUAUCCAAAAGAUUUAUAAAAGAAAGUAACAUUACUUGAACAUUUCAGAGGAUAUCUUGAUACUGAUAGUACUGAUAAAGAGCCUAUUGAUUAAUCAGAUGAUAAUAAGAUUCCUAUGGUUUAUGUUAAGAAAUGGAUGAAAACUAAACAUGCUGUUAUGUUUAGAUUAUCUAAUAAAGUAGUUUAAGUAGAUUUCACUGAUAAAACUAUCAUCAUUCUAAAUUCUGAUACAAAAUCUGUCACUUACAUUAACAAAAAAGGAGAAAAAUAGAAUUUCCCUUUAAGUACUGCUUUAGAAUCAUAAAAUCAUGAAAUGACAAAAAGGUAAUAUGUAUUUACUUAUUAUUAGACUUAAAUAUACUAAAGAGAUUUUGUAACAUAUGUUAUAAGGAACAUAAACUUAAGUAAUCAAUACAUAACUUACUUUAACUAAUUGGAAUUAAAAAUGAAA